GUACGGGUGUGAGUGACUUCAGCUUCAGCGACAGUGAAAGUCCAACCGUCAGUCAGUGUGGAUGUGUGUGGUAGAUGCUGCUCUGCAUCUCCUUGCGUGAACGGUGUAGUAGUGCUUCAGAUAGUUAAGCUGUCCCUCCUCGUUUGUAGAUUGGCAAUCAUUCGAGUUCUUAAGUGGAACUUCCGUCUGGCUCUGCCCAAGUUCUGCUCAUCCCGUCAAGCAGGGUGCAGUGCAGGAGAUGUCGGCGAGGGUACAGUCGAGUCCCUUCAGGGAGACCGAGUGGGACCAGCGACUUGAUCGGAUGUUGGACGAUCUGAAGAGCACCGUCACCAGCGAGGACGAGGGCCGCAAGACGCCCCUCGGCAUCAG